AUGGGUCUCUUUCGCAAUCAUAUGCCCGUCGAGGGCAAGACAGUCCUCAUCACCGGUGCAUCAGAAGGCAUGGGACUCUCCGUCGCUAUCCAGCUGGCAGCCAAAGGAGCCAACCUCAUCCUCCUCUCGCGUUCCGAGUCCAAGCUCCAAGUCGCGCUCAAGAGCGUCGAGGCGGCGGCGCUCGACCCUUCCACACAACGAUUCCACUACAUACAGGCCGAUGUCGCCGUGCACGACUACGCUCGAGGGGUGCUCGCCGACGCCACCGCCUGGAACGAGGGCCGAUCCCCGGACAUUGUGUGGUGCUGCGCCGGCAUGUCCGCGCCCCAGCUGUUCCUUGAAAUGGACGUGUCGUCCAUGCGCAGACAGAUGGACAUCAACUUCUUCGGCACGGUCGAGAUGACGCAGGCUAUAUUGCGCGAGUGGUGCGCAAACGAUACCCCCGUGGAGAAGGAAGCCAAGCAUAUCAUCAUGACGGGCAGCGUGGCUACCAUGGUGGUCAUUCCCGGGUACAUCCCAUAUGUACCGAGCAAGGCAGCCAUGCGCGGCGUCGCAGAGGGACUGCACAUGGAGCUCAUGAUGUAUCCCCAGAACGUGGAGGUGCAUCUAGUCACACCCGGCACCAUCCUCUCCCCGGGGUUUGAGCAAGAACAGCUCAUCAAGCCGGAGAUCAGCAAGAGUCUCGAGAAGUCGGAUCCCAAGCUGACACCGGAUGAAGCGGCCAGAGCUGCCAUCCGCGGGCUGGAGAGGGGGGAGUUCAUCAUUACCCUGACUUGGCAGAAUUGGCUGAUGAAGUGUGGUACAUACGGCAUCGCAUGGAAGAACAACUGGUUCAUCGAUGUCCUCAUGGCAGCCAUCAUGUCAUUGAUUAUAUGGCCGAUUGUCGACCUGGACCUACGGGGCCAGGUCAAGAAGCACGUCAAGAAAUUCGGGUCGCCCAAGGUGCAAAGAAAACCGCUAGAGUAG